GAAAAUAAACUAUACAUCGAACGGUGUAGUUUUGAACUUUUAACUCUUUAUUGAAACGACGCGUAUAAGCUUCCUUCUUUUCUUCUUACCCCAUUAUUAUUGAAACAGUGCAUCUGGGGACUUCUUCCUGUGGCUUUCUUCUCCAACCCGAUCUCUCUGUUCUGCACAGCCACUUAUCUAGUUCUUCAAUUCUUUAAUCCUUCAAGUGUGAGCUCAACAAUAUAUUUGAGCGAAUGACUGAGCUUAUAAAUGUAUGCAAUUUCUGAAAGAGCAGCUCAACUUGUAAACCACCCUCUCUUCUCUUUUCCUUCCAAUUCAUUUUUAUAUCAAUAAUGAGAAAGAUUCACUCUUUCUCUUGCAAAUUCUUGACAAUCUCCUGUUUCGUUCUGCUCUUGCCUAUUUUAGUCUACUCAAAGUGCGUAUGCGAGGCAGAAGACCAAGAAAGAGAGCAAAACUCAGCUCUGGCACUCAAAUUCAAGCUCGUAGCAAUAGCUUCGAUUCUCGUGGCUACUGCUACAGGAGUUUGCCUCCCGUUUCUGGUGAAGAACAUACGGGUGUUGCAGCCUGAUAAGGGGACAUUUUCACUGAUCAAGACGUUCGCCGCUGGGGUUAUCUUGGCAACCGGGUUCAUCCACAUACUCCCUGAUGCUUACGAGCGCUUGACAAGCCCAUGCCUGAGUGAAAAUCCAUGGCAUCAUUUUCCCUUUGCAAGUUUUGUAGCAAUGGUGGCUGCGAUAUUGACUUUGAUGAUGGAGAGCUUUGCCACUGGGUACCAUAAGAGGAACGAGUUGAGCAAGGCGCAGCCUGUGAACGGCGAUGAGGAAAGCGAAGAGCAUGGUGGUCAUGGUCAUGGUCGUGGGGGCCAUGGUCAUGGCUCUGCUUUUGUGUUGGACCGAACAAAGUCAUCGGAUCUUAUUCGACAUCGCAUUGUUUCUCAGGUUUUGGAGUUGGGAAUCGUAGUUCAUUCUGUAAUCAUUGGACUAUCCUUGGGUGCUUCUGAAAAUCCUCGGACAAUCAAGCCUUUGGUAGCAGCAAUCAGUUUCCAUCAAUUUUUCGAAGGAAUGGGACUUGGUGGAUGCAUCCUUCCGGCAAAAUUCAAGCAUCGGGCCGUAGCAAUAAUGGUGUUAUUUAUCUCCCUCACGGCCCCCAUUGGAAUUGCAGUUGGCAUAGGAUUAUCAAACGCUUACAACGAAAACAGUCCCACAGCACUGAUUGUUCAAGGGCUUCUCAAUUCUGCAUCUGCGGGGAUUCUAAUUUACAUGGCCCUGGUUGAUCUUCUUGCGGACGUUUUCAUGAGCCCCCAAAUGCUAAGUAAUAUUAGGCUCCAACUUGCUACAGCUUUCACCCUCCUCCUUGGAGUGUGUUGUAUGUCGCUCAUGGCCAAGUGGGGAGACCAUUAAUGUUCCUUCAUUUUCUACCUCCGACAAGUUAAUUUGUCAAAAUCUCCUUGCAAUAACCAAGUGUUUAAUCGCGGUUACCAGUAGCCUGUGAAUGUAUAUGAACAAUGUAAACAUUCUAUCAAACUUAAAUUAAGAUGCAUUAAGUGACCUAAGACCAA